UAAAAUAUCAAGUUUGUCAGUUAUACUCAGUUUUCUUCAUCAAGGUGUUGAGAAUGUGGAAAGUGUUUUUGUUGCUGUCUGUUUUGCUCCCGUUUGCAAAUUGCAGUUGCAAAGGUUGCAGUGGUUAUACUCAAGUGGAUGCAUCUGACAACGCUGUCAUAGAAGCUGCUGUUCAAGCAACAAAAACAUUUUCCGGACAGCAUUUUUCGAAAUUUCAUUUGAAGGUACUCGCCAUACUCGAUGGAAACCAAUCAGUGUGCUUGGAUGAACCAUUAUGUGGGAAAACCGCAUCCUAUCAAUUAGAAGUGUCUCUUGGAUUGACGAACUGCUUAAAGACGGAGAUGAGUUACGAAACAGCUCAAGAUUGUGAUUCGUCUGACUCAUCAAACAACUGGAUUUGCAAACUCAUUAUUCAGAAAGGCAGAAAAGGUCAAUUUCUCUCGACAAGUUCAAGCUGCCGUGCAUGAAAACAAUUCUUCAAUUUUUUUCAUGCUUUCUAUCGUUAGUUAAAUGAUUUCAGUGAAACUGUAUUCUUUGUAUCUUCUGUUUACAGUCAGAAAGUAAUUAAAGUUAUAUAAGAAAGAA